GUCCGAAUGUCCGUUAUCUGCUAUAUCACCAAUUUCUCGUGAUUGGCAUGUGAUAUGAUUGUCUUAUCAAUUAUUGUAUAUAUAAAUAUCAGUACGUUAUCCUGUUUUAUUUCACAACAACCAAGAUCAUUAAGAUGUUGCGAUUUUUGGCCGCCCUCGCUAUUUUGUCUGUGGCAUCCGCCCUGACACAGGUUUUAUUGGAUGAAGAAUGGGAGUCAUUCAAAACAUCCUAUGGUAAAGUUUACGCUGGAAAGGAAGACUUAUACAGACGAAAAAUCUGGAAUGACAACCUAGCUUACAUCCAAAAACACAACUUGGAAGCCGAUAGAAAUCUUCACUCUUUCCGUGUUGGUAUGAACGAAUAUGGUGACAUGACAAAUGAAGAAUUUGUUAAAACUAUGAAUGGUUACAGACAGAGAGAAAAAGAAGAUAUGACAGGUAGAACCGUCUUUAUGGCACCAUCAAACAUUGGAGCUCUCCCCACAACUGUUGACUGGAGAAAAGAAGGAUACGUCACUGAAGUUAAAAAUCAGGGACAAUGCGGAUCAUGCUGGGCUUUCUCUACAACUGGAUCUCUAGAAGGUCAAACUUUCAAGAAAACCGGAAAAUUGACCUCCCUCUCUGAACAGAAUUUAGUUGAUUGUUCAAGAAAACAAGGAAACAUGGGCUGUGGUGGUGGUUUGAUGGAUCAAGGUUUCACAUACAUCAAGGUUAACGGUGGUAUUGAUACUGAAGUGUCUUACCCAUACACCGCUAAAGACGGUACCUGUCAUUUUAACCGUGCCAAUAUUGCCGCUAAUGAUACUGGUUUUGUUGAUAUUCCAACUGGCAGUGAAAGUGAUUUGAUGACCGCCGUCGCUACUGUUGGACCAAUCUCAGUAGCCAUCGAUGCCAGUCACACCUCAUUCCAACUCUACAAGACCGGUGUUUAUCAUGAUUUCUUCUGUAGUUCUAAGAGAUUAGAUCAUGGUGUAUUGGCUGUUGGUUAUGGAACUGAUGGUGGAAAAGAUUAUUGGUUGGUCAAGAACAGUUGGGGCGCAACCUGGGGUACUCAAGGAUAUAUUAUGAUGUCCAGAAACAGGAAAAACAAUUGUGGUAUUGCUACAUCGGCCAGCUAUCCUACAGUAUAAAUAUAUAAAUAUAUAGAUACUAUCUACAUGUAGAUACACACCUAUAUGUUUGUAUUAUAUAA